AUGAUCGCGUUCUUUGAGCUGGAAUGCUCCUGCACAGCGCCAGAAGAGGUUGUCUUUUUAGUGGGCUCCGGCACUGCCCUCGGCAGCUGGGAUACGUACCAUGGCAUCGUCCUGGAGACCAGUCCAGAGAGAUUUCCUUGGUGGUACACCACCGGCCCAGUGGUCAUCGAAAGUAUGCAUGCAGACUUCCAGUUCGCCAUUUCAGAUCGCUCUCUGAGUGUAGUGCGGUGGGAGGGCUUGCCAUACCAUCGGCGGCUGCAGUGCCGGCAUCUAAGAAGCAAGGAUGGCCAGCAGAUGGAGAUGGUCUUUCGAGCGAGCUGGGAGGACCUAUCUAAGCUUCUCUUGUGGUUACAUGGAAUGCCACGGACGAGAGGAAGUCCCAAGCUACAGCUGAGCACCUGA